CAUUCUUUGCUCGAAGAUCCCAGCAGUGCCCGUCCUGGCAUGCGCGCGGCCAUGAUUCGUCUUGUCGCGUUUUUUGCGCUUGGUCGAGCAGCAGCAGAUGAGUGUCCGUGGCAUGGGUGUAACAACGCCGAUUAUAACGAUUGCACGUAUAAGUGCAAGUCGUGCGAUGCGUUGCACACCUACUACCCUCACUCGUAUGAUAGUUACGGCGAUUGUGUCCACGAGACCUGCAAGUGGGACGACGACUAUUGGGAAGACUGGUAUGCGAGCAUGAUCAUCGGCACGAUCAUCGGCGUCAUCAUUUCAACCAUCACGCUCGUUCUUGCAUCGUGCCCUGUAUGCUGCGGCGUCAUGAAGGACAAGCCCUUGAAAGCUUUUGCGUGUGUCCUCGCGUUGAUCACCAUACCCCUUUACUUCCUCCCGUACAUUGCCGCGAAACAGACGACCGUGGGCCUCGUGGAAGAUAUCUGCGGCGGCUGCUCAGGUGGCUGCACGCAGGAGGAAAAGACGGAACUGGAGGACACGAUCGAUGGCUACAGCAUCUUCAUUGCGUACACGUUUGGAUACGGCUUCGCCGUCCUGAUCUUGGCUGGCAUCACGCACUGCCUCACCUGCUGCAUAUGCUGCCCGUGCUGCGGCCCGCUUACGACGAGCAAGCCCACGCCCGUCCAGCCGUACUCCGGCGCGCCGCAGCCCGCCGUGAUGGGCCAGGUGCUGGGACAGCCAGUAGGAAGCGCAGCUGCGGUUGAGAACAACAAGCUCGCCACCUGAGGUGGAGUCACGCCCCUCGUUUUCCCAUGCGCGAUGACGUGCAGCGCGGGUGAAUGGUCUUUUACAGGCUCGUUCAAUUAAUCCUUCGCCCACUUGUAGGGGAAUUCGGCUCUGCGCUGAGUUUCACGUUGCUUUGUCUAUUCCCGUGCUUCCCUGUUGCUUCCAACAGUGCGGUUUCUUGCCACUGCAAGACGAGCAUGGGUGCCGAAGAGCGCCACCAUUUCCCAACCCUCCCGCGUUGGGUUCUCGCUUUGAACAGAGCGCUGUAGUCCAUACCUCCUCCUCUCCCGCCUCCCUCCUCCCUUGCUCCUCCUGCCGCUAAUCGUGCACAUCAGGCGAUGCGUUCUUUUUCGUAUGGAGCGUUUUACACAUAUUCGCCUCGCUUGGAGAAGGGUUCGGGUACGCACCGGGUAGUGAUUACAUGGUCUGCUGGCCAAUCGUCUCGCCUGUCCGCGCCCCUUUCUGUCUGCAGCAGCAACCUCAAUGGUUUCCCCUGCUGCAGCGCUGUCUCCGAGAUUGCCUCGCGGCCGCUUCGUAAAAAGAGCUCUCCUCCGCCAGGUGACUCUCGCGUUGCACGUGCCGCACUGGGGGCUCUGGUCUUCCUGGAGUUCCCCUCUCGGGUCCCCCUCGAUGCUCGAAGCAGCAGGGCCCCGUUUGGCGGUUUGCGACUUCGGGCUCCGGGCCGGAGGGCUGAGGACGACCGUCCAACUCGCGCCUCGGGGCACGGUGGCGGAUUCAGGCAUGGUGCAAGACC